CUUUUGUGCACAGAGAGGCUCAGAAAGAAAGUUCAGAUAGACUUCCAUUUCCAUCGAAAAAGCUCAGAUAUGGACGACGGCAUGACAGGCUUUUACAUAAGAUCAGCUGGGCAUCAUGUUAAUAAUGGUGGUAGUACUGGCGGUGACAAUAAUUGUAACUCCGGAGCAAAGUGUGGGCGAUGGAAUCCCACCACCGAACAAGUUAAAGUUUUGACUGAUUUGUUCAGGUCCGGCCUCCGAACUCCCAGCACGGAUCAGAUUCAGAAGAUUUCUUCUCAGCUUAGCUUUUAUGGUAAGAUUGAAAGUAAAAAUGUUUUCUACUGGUUUCAAAACCAUAAAGCUAGGGAAAGACAAAAGCGUCGCAAAGUUUCUGUUGAUGAGAAGGAUGUGCUUCGCAGAUUGGACAAAUUUUCUUCUAAAAAACAUUAUCUAGAGGUUAACCAUGUAUCUGCAGAUGAGCCUGAAAGGGUGAUCGAGACUCUUCAACUUUUCCCGUUAAACUCCUUUGAAGAAGAAGAACCACAGAAGCUGAGAUUGCAUGCAAAUGAGUGCAGGGAGAGCAAGACAACAAUUUCGUAUAAAAUUGGAACAGAAAUAGAUCCGCCAUUGGAUCUGCGUUUAAGCUUCUUGUAAAAGAAGAUUUACAUCAAUCUUACAAAAAAGACGAAAAAUAUUAGGUUUAAUUAACAUCAAGGGUGUGAGAGGUCAA